CAAUAAGACGGGAAAAUGGAGAACGAGGUUUUCUGUGAGGAGACAGAAAUCGAUUGGGAGGCAGUUCUGCGUGAAAUGCCAGAUUCUCCGGGCAUUUGCCUCGACGAUUUUCUGGUCGAGGACGGCUCUACGAAUUUUCUGUUACCGUCUCCUGACGCAGAUGGAAACGGAACCGAUGGCUUGCAGAGUGCCAGUGAAGUAAUAAGCGCUCUCACUGAUCUUCUGUUUAAUGACGAAGAUUUCCAAAAUUCUCCGGUAGGAGAUGGAGGUGCAGGAUCUAUGGACAUAAAUUCUUUCCUUGCAGAUGCUUGCAGUCUUCCACAGGAGGAAGUCUAUGUGGAGAAUUCUGAUGACGUGAAUGUGAUUUCAGUCGAAGGUCAGAUCCAGCGUGGCGACGACGUGGAAGGCUGUGCUAACGUGGAAAGGGCAAAAAAUGAAGGUCAAAUCCUGCGGAGGAACAGAGAAGACGAAGGACACGGAGAAGCGGAUGCCUUUACAAGGAAGCGCAAACGAAAUAAAGAAUCGGCUCUAAAGUCACGGGAGAGAAAGAAAGCUUAUGAGAAGAGCCUGGAAGCGAAAUGCCGUAUGUUAGAGAGGAAGUGUGGGAGGCUUGAACAGUCGUUGAAUUAUUCGGGCCUGGAAAACCUGGCGUUAAAGAACGAGCUCUUUCGAGUGACGAAACCCUACCCGCAUUGUCAUGGCGGCGGAGCAGAGCCUGCAGUGCUUUUAAAGGAUUCCCUGCAGAAGGAGUCCCUGCUGUGCGGCAUGAUAAUGGCGGUGAUGAUGCUGCUGCUGUUUCUACUUCCUCACAAGGGAGCGGUUGUGGUGGUGGUGAUUUUGGACGAGAGAGAGAGUAGCGACGAUGAAAUUGUUUGCAGAGCGGGAGAAGUAGGGUUUGGAGUUAAAAGGAGAUGGAAAUGGAGUCGGAAGAAGAUGAAAUUGUAAUGGUUUCUGGUAUAAAUAUAUUAGUUUAUGUCUGGUUUUUCCUUUUGUAAUAUUGUUGAAAGUAUGAUAGAUAGUAUAAUAGUUAAAGACAAGUAAAUUGGGAUUAUAGUUAAUAAUAAUCAGUUACAGGCCACUUAUUAAUUUA